AUGUCUUACAACUGCGACUCUGGACGCUUCCCCUCCCAAUCUUUUGGAGAUUACCUGAGGUACCCAGUUUCCACCUAUAACUCCUUCUACCCCAGUGAUGUAGCCUAUUCUCCAGGAACCUACCAGCUGGGCUCCUCUUUCUAUGGUGGCCAUCAGGAGUCUUUCUCUGAACCCAUAAGCUGUGAGACAUCCUGCGCUGGGAGUGGAUCCUACCAGACAUCAAGGUAUCGCCCGAAGAACUUCAUCUUCUCCAGUCCCUGCCAGGCAAAUUACUCUGGAUCUCUUGGAUGUGGCAGCGCCAGCCUUGGAUCUUUUGGCUAUGGAAGCACUGGUUUCCAGUCUGUGGGAUGUGGAUCCAACUUCUACCGUCCAGCUUAUUUCCCUUCCAGAAGUUGCCAGUCAACUUUUUACCGCCCAGCCAUUGGCUCUCACUAUUUUGGAUCAUCUUACUGA